AUGAACUCCCCAUUCCCAAACUUAACGACCCUCGACGAAGAAGAGCUCUUCGACGGCAUGACAGGUCCAUUGCUGUUGCCGUGUAGGGGGAACCAGCCGUCGGCAGACAGUGCCAUGCACCAUGAGACGGCCAUCGUUUUCGCUUUUCAGAAGAAGAGUGGUAGGAUAAGCUCAUCAAGUAGCAGCCUCCACCGCCACCGCUACUCGCCGCGGACAAUGCCAUCGUCUUCAAAGCUUCCCCUUUUCCUCCUCUUCGCUCUCUCUGCUAUUCUCUUCAUUCGCCCAGCUCAAUGUGAUGAGGAGGAUAAGCUUCUUCAGAGCAUCAAUGACUACAGAAGGUCCUUGAAUCUCACCGCCUUAACAAAGAACGACAAUGCAGAUUGCCUUGCGGGGGAAAUAGCCGAUCAAUUUGAAGGUCAACCUUGCACAAACACCUCGGGGUCCAACACUGUUCCAGGAACCGAGCCUCAGCUCCCCAAUUACCCAAGGCUUCUGGACAAGUGCCAUCUGAAUGUCUCCAACACCAGGGAUGGAGCUGUGAUGCCUGCUUGUGUUCCCAACUUGGACCCAACUCUCGUGCUUAGCAACUUUACAUUGAGUCAGUACUCCGAUAAUCUCAAUGAUACCAAGUACACAGGAGUCGGCAUUGGGUCUGAAGGUAACUGGAUUGUUGUUGUUCUUACCACAAGCACUCCUGAGGGAAGCUUUGUGAAAGCUUCUUCUGACAGUGUGUCGGCUGGUUUCACGACUGCUGCCACUCUGGUUUCCCCGUUGCUGCUUCUGCUGUUGGCAUGCUUGCUUUUGUUGUAAACGAGGUUGCCUUGUCGGGAUGUUUCUCUACUUACUACUUAUAUAAACUCCACCGAGUUACACUGUUCCCUUUUAGGGAAAUUGAGAUUUUCUUUUCUAGCUUGUUUGUGCAACGGACGGUAUCAUGAAGAAUGCCAUGUUAGAUUCAACAGAUAGAAAUCUAUACAAUUUCUUUCAUGAAGGAUAAACGGAGGCCCGUUUCAGAUUCUGUAUCUUUAUCCUUCAUAUGUUGCAUGCAGGAAUUGCCAUGGUACAAUUUAGAGCAAAAUGGAAUAGGACAUUCUUCAUAUGUUGCAUCUUUUGUAAGUUCUGAACGAGACUAAUCAAACACAUAGUAAUUUGCCACAAAUGACUGAAGUCAUCAAUAACAAACUGUAAGAUGGCUGCCAAAAAUACGUUCUCAUGUAAAGUGGCCAAACUAACUGCAAUCAACCCUUCUUCAUGCUGGUGUGUUGGAUGAACAGGUACUUCCUGAGAGCCAAUAUAAGGAUCCAUGUCGACUUUGUUAAUUUCUCUUUCACCAUCAGCAGCAAUGCAGAACUAAGUAUCGUCUUCACGUGCUGUGCUAACAAUCCUUUGAAGAAACCCGACAAACCUUCUUGUUUCCAGAUGGCACUUGUGACACCCGAGAUAGUCCUCUUGUUUUUUUAGCAGAACCUCUGCAGUUCCAUUCUCAUCUGGUUCUGCAGCUUGAAGCAUCACUUUGCAUCUGCCACAAAUACUAUCACCGAGAAGCUUUGAGCAUUUUGCCUAUACCUAAUUGCAGGGUAAGUGAAGGUGGUGGCAGUACACUUAGCACCAGCACCAAGAACAAAAGCAGCGAAGGCAGAAAGUGUUUCAGGAUAUGUAUUUGCAGCAGCUGAUCUCUCCUUAAGCUUCCGCUUCAGUAGCCUCUGUUAUCAACUGAUCAAAUACAGUGCACUGCAGCAAAACAAACCAACCCUUCAUCAUCAACCAACCCAAAUGCCAAAUGCAGUUGUCCAGUCGACAAAAGCAGAGAAGGAGACUUCACCGAGAUUGCAGGCUUGGCGCAAUGGCGCCUGAAGUAGCGUCUGACAACGACUACAGAUCAACUGGGCAGCCAUGGCUGCAAAAUGCGGUGCUACUGAGGUUGCAAGCAAGCAAGCAGCGAUGAGUAGUUCUCUCUAGACGGCGUCAACUAACCCAACCAAACGGCGUCUGUAAGAUACUUGAGAUUUCCGUGUUUGGGGAGGAUUACGCGCCUAAUCGGGAUUAUGUAUAUUAUUCGAAUUCCAAUCCUAAUCUUUUCAUUCCUUUUCUUAAUUUGCUUUCCCUUUCCGUUUUGUCUAAGGACCGACCGACUGCCCCUCUUGUAUUAUAAAUCACCUUCAUCAGGUCCUUAAACUCGAAAGUCAGUUAGCCUCCGAAUUAGGGUUUCAGUUCUGCCGUUCCAUUUCCGAAUGGGAGAUCCCGCCGAUAGAGUCCGAGUUUCGCGAGAGUUUCGAUCGAUUCCAAGCUUUGAUCGAGAAAGAAGGGAGAUGUGGAAGCAAGAGCUUGAUGAAGAGCUGGAAAAUUUCAGAAGCAUCCUUGGAAUUAUGCCUCGGGAAAUCAGCAGCAACGAUGGCGUAGCUUGGCUGGAAACAGUUCACCUGCCGACCGGCGAUCAGAAGAGGAGGUGGAAGGAGGAGCUUGAGGAAGAGCUUCGUGUGCUGCGGCUAAAUCCGCACAGCAGGAACACCUCUUCGCCGCCGCCGCCGCCGACCACGGGAAGUACGUCAUCCGAGCAACGGAGAAGGUGGAAACAAGAACUUGCGGUAGAGAUGGAGAGGCAAUGAUAUGCAGGGAGCUGUUCAUAAGUUCGUUGUAAUUUCAAGUUUGAACCUUUUUCAUGAACUGAAUCGAAAGAUUGAAGUUUUGUUUGUUUAUCCAUUAAGACUAAGGAAUAGGUUUGGUGCCGAAAAACCGAACGGUACAGUUAGCACUUAGCAGU